UUCGAUUUCAACUACGAAAGACUACUUACUUCACUUUCGGGCCAUUUACAGGAUGAAGUUAAUUAAAAACAAUAUUGAGCUUAAUGGAUCCGGUGCCGUUACUUUGUGCCCCGAGGAACCAGAGGACAUGUGGCAUGCAUAUAACCUGAUUCGACCCGGUGAUCUCCUCCGUGCAAGUGCUAUCCGCCGCGUCACCACAACCCAAGAUACCGGUUCCACAACUUCCUCGCGGGUACAUCUAACGCUUGAGAUCCGUGUAAAAAAUUUGGAUUUUGACCCCCAGAGCUCUCAGCUGCACGUUUCCGGACAGAUAGUUAAUGAAACACCCCACACGAAGAUCGGCCAGUUCCACACCCUGGAUCUAGAGUUGAAUCGCAACUUCACGCUGGUGAAAGAAGUGGGCGCGAGUGGUGAAGGGGUGGGGUGGGACAGCAUUGCCAUUGAGAUGCUCAAGGAUGCAGUAGACGAGAGUGGUAGACGAAGGGCUGAGGCCGUGGCUGUGGUCAUGCAGGAGGGGAUUGCACAUAUUUGUUUCAUCGGGCAGUAUCAGACUAUUUUGAAGCAGAAGGUAGAGAUGUCUGUUCCGAGGAAACGGCAUGGAGGGGGCGAUCACGACAAGGGAAUGUCAAAAUUCUACCAAGUUACCCUAGAUACCCUCCUCCGCCAACUCGAGUUCAGUACUAGCAUCACAUCUGCAAGCAAGAACGAGCCAGUUCAGCCCAUUCUCCUCGCAUCUCCGGGCUUUGUCGCCUUAGGAUUCCAGAAGUAUAUCCAGUCUGUCGCCUCGACCACCACGCCCGCCCUUAAGCGCCUUCUUCCCAGCAUUGUCGUCGUGCACUCAGCAUCGGGCUACCUGAACUCCCUCUCUGAAGUCUUGCAAUCACCGGCCGUCAAGACAAUCCUAGCUGAUACAAAGUACGCCCGGGAAACGAAACUCAUGGACGAAUUCCUCGAGCAACUCCGCAAGGAGACCAACAAAGCGACAUAUGGGCCGCGAGAAGUCGAGUCCGCCGUCGAGCAGGGUGCCGUGGGUCGAGGAGGCGGUGUUCUCAUCAUCUCGAACCGACUCUUCCGAUCGCAAGAGGUGGCCGAGCGGAAACGGUGGGUUGCACUUGUAGAUCGCGUCCGAGACGUCGAGGGCGGGGAUGUCAGGAUUCUCAGCUCCGACCAUGAGAGUGGGAAACGACUUGACGGACUGGGUGGAAUCGCAGCUCUCCUGACAUUUCCUAUUGUCGAGGAGGAUUUCGAAUCCGAUGAGGAGGAUGAUACGGAGACUCAGGGCAUGGAUGUAGCAUAUAACAGGCCGUCUGUUUCCACUAUUUAAUGUUUAUCUUCAUGGAAAUCUUUGGCUAUUUUAUACGAUCUUGAUUGUAAUCGACCCCGAAGGUUACCAUAGGGGUCGGUUAGAUGAUUUCUCAUGAUCAUGAAUCACCUAUGGCUGUUCUAGGCAAUGACCGUGUGUCUAAAGCUCAGUGAUGUUUGUUCAUAUCAGAGCCUAUCUAUGUGUAUCCAUCCAAUAAAAGUCCAUAUAUCACGUGACUAAAAGAAAAAGAAAAGGUCGAG